AUGAAGGAUAUUGCUUCCAAUGUAUCAGAAUCUCAAAACGGCGAGCAACUGGCCUGGGCCUUGCUCAAGGAGCUCAAGGCGAUCUUGGAUCUCUGUAACGAAUGUCUCGCCCGAAUAAAGAGAGGAGACUUCCCUCUUCCCAGUUCCAAGCCUGGUUUCUUCGAGCAUGCCACAUUGAUCGACAUCUGCCGAGUGAUCGCCGACAUUUUGACGGAGAUUAGGCUUUGCUUCCAACAAGUGAAUGAAUUGGCUGCAAAGUUUCCAAUCAUUCACAAUAUUUGUGGUGAUACUCUCAACCAAAUUUCGGGCGCCGUGGCCAACUUGAUUAUUGCUUCAUCGGGGCAAUUAGGAAACAUCAUCCGGCUGAUUGCACGCAUCUUCGCCUCGACUCCCGGCUUCUUCAAAGAUAUUGGCUUCGGUUUCGGCAAUAUUCCUGGCAUAAUCGCUGGCUCCGGUGGCUCCCGAGAAUUCGACCGGUUUUUGUGA